AUGGAUGGGGCCUCCCCACAAAGGGAGAAUGGGGAAGAGCAGGUGCAGCUUAUAAGCAUGGAGCAGGCCCAAUUGCAGACGGGCGAUUUACCAUUCAUUCGAGAAUCGAGCCAGCCCCAUCGUCGAACUUGGAACAACAACAACGACGACAGGACAACAAACACCAAGAUGGCACCGACAGCAGCAGAAGUGGGCAAGCACACGAGCCGGGAGUCGUGCUGGGUGAUUGUACACGGGCGAGCAUAUGACGUGACGGAGUUUCUGCCAGAGCAUCCGGGCGGCGAGAAGAUCAUUCUCAAGUACGCCGGACGGGACGCGACGGCAGCGUUUGACCCGGUGCACCCGCCCGACACGUUGGACAAGUACCUGGACCAAUCGAAGCACCUGGGUCCUGUGGCGGACAUGGAAGCGGUGGCAGCGGCGGAGAAGACACGGGUGCGGACGCCAGAAGAGGAGGCCGAAGCAGCAGAAGAUGCAGUGGUGGCGACAGCCCGCGAGACGAUGCCGGCACUAGACAGCUGUUACAACCUGCUAGACUUUGAGGCGGUGGCGCGACGGGUGAUGAAGCGAGGAGCAUGGGCAUAUUACUCGAGCGCAGCAGACGACGAGAUUUCGCUGCGAGAGAACCGGGCAGCAUUCCAGCGGGUGUGGUUCCGGCCACGGGUUCUGGUGGACGUGGCACGCGUGGAUCUGUCGACGACGAUGCUGGGCAGCCGGGUGACGGCGCCGUUCUACGUGACGGCGACGGCACUGGGCCGUUUGGGUCACCCGGAGGGCGAGACGGUGCUGACGCGAGCGGCCGGACGACACGGGGUGGUGCAGAUGAUCCCGACGCUGGCAUCGUGUUCGUUUGACGAGAUUGUGGAUGUGGCCGAUACGAUGGCGUCGUCAGGGGCCAGUCCACCGCCCCAGUGGCUGCAGCUGUACGUCAACCGAGACCGGGCGAUCACGCGGCGAAUCAUCGAGCACGCCGAGCGUCGGGGCUGUCGCGGGCUCUUCAUCACGGUGGAUGCGCCGCAGCUGGGUCGCCGCGAGAAGGAUAUGCGGGCCAAGGCAGCGGCGCUGGGUGACGGUGGCAGUGCGGUGCAGCAGCAGGAGGGCGAGCAGACGGACACGACACAGGGAGCAGCCCGGGCCAUCAGCAGCUUCAUCGACCCGAGUCUCUGCUGGGACGACCUGCCAUGGUUCCGCACCGUCACGCGGCUGCCCAUCGUGCUCAAGGGCGUGCAGCGGGCCGAGGAUGUGAUUCGGGCGGCCGAGACGGGUCUUGUCGACGGCGUCGUGCUCUCGAAUCACGGCGGCCGUCAGCUCGACUUUGCGCGCUCCAGCCUCGAGGUCCUGGCCGAGGUCAUGCCGGCUCUGCGUGCUCGCGGACUGGAGAACCGGCUGGAGAUCUACAUUGACGGCGGUCUGCGCCGUGCCACCGACAUUCUCAAGGCUCUCUGUCUCGGCGCUCGUGGCGUCGGCAUCGGCCGUCCCUUUCUGUACGCCAUGUCGGCUUACGGCGUCGACGGCGUCAGUCGUGCCAUGGCCCUGCUUAAGGACGAGCUCGAGAUGGAUAUGCGCCUGCUCGGCGCUCCAGCCAUCCGCGAUCUUGGUCCCGAUCUGGUCGACAUCCGUUCGCUGACGAGCCACCCGAAUGGUGUUCCCGAGGAUGUGUUGUCGCGCGAGACGUACGAUCCCUUGACGACGCCUCAGUCGAGGAGCAAAUUAUAG